UUUAAAGGGCACUGGGAGGGUUUAGGGGUUACUGGUCCAAACUGGUCCGAACUGGGCCGCGCUGAGGGCUCCCCUUUUCCCGCCUCCGCCGCCAUUUCCCCUCCUCCUCCUCCACCACCGCUCCUCGCUCUCCCAUUGGCUCCUCACUUUGAUUGACAGCCGCACUACCCAAUCCGAUCACUCGCCGUUUGAUUGACAGCAAAACCGCGCUCUCCCAUUGGCCGCGCGGAAGGCGGGCUUUUCCCUGAGUGGGCGGCUCCUCACUUUGAUUGACAGCCCAACCACCCAAUCCCAUCACUCCCCAUUUGAUUGACAGCACAACCGCGCUUUUCCCUGAUUGGCCACCGCCCCACGUGGGGGGCGGGACAAACCGCAACUCGCGCUCUGAUUGGCUGUUUGAAAGGCGCGCUUUUCUCUGAUUGGUCGGCGCCUCACGGGGAGGGCGGGGAAGAAGCGCAGCGAUGGCGGCGGCUCCGGGAGCGGCCGGGAGCGUUCGAGUCUCCUCAGGCCGGGAUUUGAGCGGAGUUCCGGAGGUGGAGGGAGCGCUCGGGGCUGUGGCGAGGCAGGGGUUUGAUUUCCUGUGCAUCCCGCUGUUCCACCCCCGCCAUCGCCGGGAAUUCUCUCUGGAGCCGGCGCGGGAUCGCCCCGGGCCCCAAACGCGCUCGGACAUGCUGCUGGCGGGGAGAGGUGAGAACUGGUUUGGACUGGUUUAUACUGGUUUAUACUUUCCCCAUUUUUCCCCAUUUUUUCCCAUUUUUCCCAUUUUUUUCCCAUUUUUCCCAAUUUUCCCGUUUUUUCCCCAGUUUUGGGUUCAGGUCCCGCUCCUCCCGCCCAAUGAGAGCCGCGAUGACGUCAUCGAGAACGAGGCCACGCCCACCGGGGGCGGAGCCGAGGAGGAAACAUGGAAAUGUUUGUUUCCAGCGCUGGAGAUCGGGGCGGAUCUGCCGUCGGCGCCGGCGCUGUCCCGCUGGCUGGGGGAGCCCGUCCGCGCCGCCCUCAUCCCCACGCGGCUCUUCCUGACCAACAAAAAAGGGUUCCCUGUGCUGGCCCGGGGCCACCAGAGGCUGCUGGGACAGCUGCUCAAGGUACUGGGAUGGACUGGGAUAUACUGGGAGAGACACCGGGCCCCGCCCUCGGCCUACGAGAUCUACGCACGGGGCUACGAGGAUUAUCUGCAGAGCCCGCUGCAGCCCCUGAUGGACAAUCUGGAGUCUCAGACGUACGAGGUGUUCGAGAAGGAUCCAAUCAAAUACUCCCAGUACCAGCAGGCGAUCUUCAGGUGUUUCCAGGAUCGGAUCCCGGAGGGGCAGAGGGAGAGCAGCGUCCAGGUUGUGAUGGUUUUGGGCGCCGGGCGGGGUCCCCUGGUCACCGCUGUCCUCAGGGCCGCGCGGCAGUUCGGGGUUCGGGUGCGAAUUUACGCCGUGGAGAAAAACCCCAACGCCGUCGUCACACUGGAAAACUGCCAGUGGGAGGAAUGGGGCUCGCAGGUGUCGGUGAUUUCCCGGGACAUGCGGCGCUGGGAGGCCCCGGAGCCGCCGUUAUUGAUCCCUGAUCGGUUAUUGAUCAUUGAUCGGUUAUUGAUUAAUUAUCGGAAUCGAUUCCUGAUUAAUGAGGGGAGUUUUAAUGUUAUUGGAAUCAAUCUGGGAGGGCUGGAGAAUUGCCAGUGGGAGGAAUGGGGCUCGCAGGUGUCGGUGAUUUCCCGGGACAUGCGGCGCUGGGAGGCCCCGGAACGCGCCGAUCUCGUGGUGUCGGAGCUUCUGGGAUCCUUCGGGGACAACGAACUCAGCCCCGAAUGUCUGGAUGGGGCCAGAGGGUGCCUGAAAG